UUGGAGAGUUUGAUUAAGAUUUUAGGAAUCUACUGUACAUACAAUGUAAAUGUUAUUAUCCAAUUGGGAAGACUUGGAUAGGUCCAAUCGCUAUGGUUACUGUUUCUCAUCCAAAUGAUAUACAGGAAAUAUUAAGCAAUACAAAACACCUUGCAAAAAGUCAUAUAUCUAAUUUUCUAAAUCCUUGGUUGGGAACUGGACUAUUAACUAGUGAAGGAACAAAAUGGCAUAACAGGCGAAGGAUACUAACACCUACAUUUCAUUUUAAUAUAUUAAAUCAAUUCGUUGAGGUGUUGAUUGAGGAAGGAAAUAAUGUAACACAAUCUUUGAAAAAUAUUAAAGAAUCAACUGUCGAUGACUUAGCAUCCUUUAUCAGUCAUCAUACACUGAAUGCAAUAUGCGAGAUUACUAUGGGUAUUUCCUUGCGAGAAAUAGGUGAGUUCGAAGAACAAUAUCGACAAGCAAUCCACGAAAUAGAAGAAAUUUCAUUUUAUAGACUACUAAGACCAUGGUUAUAUUUCAAUGUGAUAUUUGCAUUAACACCAAUGGGUAGAAGACAAGCGAAAUGUCUAAAAAUAUUGCACGGAUUUACUGAAAAAAUUAUUGCAGAGAGGAAACAAUAUCAUAAAAGCACUAAUGAACAAUAUUUAAAAAACUUUGCAAAUGAGAUACAUAAAAUUGAAACAAAUGAUAAAACAGACAUAGGAGUGAAGAGAAAACGGCUCACUAUGAUGGAUCUUCUGAUAUCGAAAAUUCGCGACAAUAAGAUGAAUGACGCAGACAUUAGAGAAGAAAUUAAUACAUUCAUAUACAAAGGGCAUGAUACUGUAACAAUGGGUCUGACUUACGCAAUAUUAUUAUUAGCUGAGCACAAAGAUAUCCAGGAAAAUGUCAGAAAAGAAAUUAAUGCCAUCAUGCAAGCAAAUGAAGGAAAACUUACAAUGUCAGCCUUAAAUAAUAUGUUAUAUUUGGAAAGAUGUUUGAAGGAAUCAUUGAGAUUAUAUCCUAGCAUGGCUUUCAUAAUGCGAACAUUAUCAGAAGAUAUAAAGCUACAAUCAUAUUUAGUACCUUCUGGAACGUUAAUGCUUAUUGGUAUCCAUGAUGUUCAUAGAAAUCCCAAUUUCUGGCCAAAGCCGGAGAUAUUCGAUCCAGAUAGAUUUUUGCCUGAGAAAAUUCAAAAUCAUCAUCCUUAUUCCUACAUACCGUUUAGUGCAGGACCACGGAAUUGUAUAGGACAACAGUUCGCUAUGUUGGAAAUGAAAGCAAUAAUAGCACCGUUGGUAUACAAUUUUUAUUUGGAACCUGUAGAUUAUUUAAAGGAUCUUCGUUUCGUAGCGGAUUUUCUAAAUCGCGUUGCACAUCCUGUCCGAGUACGAUGUGUUCCAAUCAAUCGUACGCCAUCGACUUUAUUUAAUGCCACAUAAUUUUUUAAUAAAGGAAGAAAUUAAAAUUUGAUUUAAGUUUCUUGAUAUAAAAGUCACCAGGAUUAUUAUAUUUUUCUUAAUAAUAUAUGUUUGUUAUUUGGUAAAAGGUGUAAGUCAUAUCUUAAUUCUUAAUGAUACUUGAACAUAUAUUUAAUAAUUUUAAAUGUACAUUUCAUUUCAUAAAUAAAUUUUAUGUAUAUGAAAAUACAUCUAUUCUUCAAAAUUCUUAUUAUAAUUUUAUUCAUUUAAAUGUACCUUACAUCUUACAAAAGUAAUAUUUUUAAUAUAAUAUAUCAUCUCUCUGUAUCAGAUAUGGAAUAGAUAGGCUCUAUAUAAGUUAAUUUAGUUAAUAUAAUUUAAGUUAAUUUAAUUAACAUAUUAGUAUAUAUUUUGUUUUUAACAUAUAUAAAAUUUCAGAACGAUUAUGUAUUUUUUAUAUAUCUCUUAUUGUAUGUUUUGUGAUGUAUUCUAGAAACAAUAAAAGAUAAAAAUUAAAAAA